AGCUGUGGCGCACGCUCGUGGCCGGUGCUCGUUCCGUGGCGACCAACUUUUGGUUUGUUGGAUCGCACCGCUGAGACGGCUACGGCCGGUGGGGAGGCCCGGCCACGUGACGGCGGCGCUCGGGAUGGAGAGGCCCCGGCGCGGGCAGCAAGGACUCUGAGGUUCAGAAGCAGCCUAGGAGUUGGUGACUCGAGGAUGUGUUAUAACCAGCAUGGGCAAUGCAGAAGUCAGACUUGACUUUAAAGCCCUCAGAUGAAUGUCUCUUAUUACAGUACAGCCAGCCACAUUAAGAUGGCACCGAUCAUCAGCGCCGUCGCAGCCACUCCACCGCCGGCAGCUCCUAGCGGCGACGACACUCCGGCGGCACCAGGAGGUGACCCUGCAGCUGCUCCGGCGGCGGCCGUCGAGCCUCCGGCCGCUCCAGGGUUAAGCAUUCCACUGUCACCUAGCAGCGAGUCCAAACGUGAAAAGCCGCCGCCUCCAGUGACGGUGCCGGAGGAUGAUCCAGGUCGACAUGACACAGCUCCGGAUGUUGCUCCACAGGUUGAUCUAGUCCGUACACCUGAUCCUGUACCAUUUGCGGACCCAUUGCCUGAUCCUAAACACCCUCCUCCUCCUCAUGCUCCGGAUGCGUAAUCAGUUCCUCCUUCUCUGGCUCCCAGUUGCUCCGCUUACGGUUGGUCCAAACCAUAAAC